UCGAUUGUCGUUCAUUGAGUUUGAGUGACAGCUUUUUAUUUGUUGUUAACAAGAAGAAAGAAAAAAUAUUUCUCAAUUAAAAAGUUUUGAAAUUUUCUAAUCCAAGUUCCAAUUCCAAUCCAAUCAAGUGAUUGAAUAAAUUUUAAAAUAAUGUUCACUUAAGCAUCCACGUAUCUUUCGAAUAUUAACUUAGUUUUAAGGGCGACGACACAGCAAUUUAAAGUCUUUUCACAACACGGAAACAACAAAAAAAACCUUUAUCGCAAUCAACGACUUGAAGUGAGUCGAGCCACCAUCAUCACCAAACCAGCCCACCAAAUAAGUAAUGAGUAAUUAUCGUCACGGCUACUGUGGAAUUGAAGUACGCGAUAUGCAUCCGAGAAUCUCCCAUAACUUCACCUACGUUAGUUCAUGUGUCAAAUACAUGAUAUUCAUGUUGAACUUUAUAUUUUGGUUAUUCGGGGGGCUUCUCAUGGGCAUUGGUUUGUACGCCUUCAAAGAGAAAUGGGAAUCGACUGGGUGGGUGCGUUUGGAGAGCUUCUACGAUGUUGUGCUGAAUAUUUCUCUUGUGAUGAUGAUUGCUGGAAUUGUCAUCUUUGUUGUCAGCUUUGCUGGCUGCCUUGGUGCUCUGCGGGAGAAUACUUGUCUGCUUAAGUUUUAUUCGAUGUGUUUGCUUCUGUUUUUCCUCUUCGAGAUGGCUAUUGCCAUAAUGGGCUUUGUUUUCCCGCACAAUAUGAAUUCUUUUCUUGAGGAUUCCUUCACUGACAAGAUAAUUCACACCUAUCGUGACGAUCCAGACCUGCAGAAUCUCAUUGACUUUGCUCAGCAGGAGUUCAAGUGCUGCGGCUUGAGCAAUGCAGGCUACCAGGACUGGAGCAAGAACGAAUACUUCAAUUGCUCAUCGCCCAGUGUUGAAAAGUGUGGAGUGCCGUACAGUUGCUGCAUCAAUGCUACCGACAUAAGCUCCGGUUUGGUUAACAUUAUGUGUGGCUAUGAUGUGCAAGGACAGUCAGUUGCAGCAGCUAGCAAACGCAUAUGGACCAGUGGAUGCAUCGAAAUCGUUCGCGUCUGGGCCGAAAGGAAUCUCUAUACAAUUGCUGGUGUGGCCCUGGGUAUUGCUCUCAUUCAGCUUUUCGUCAUCUAUCUGGCCAAGACUCUCGAGGGCCAGAUUGACCUCCAGAAGUCCCGCUGGGCGGCGUGAGUAAAAACCUAGCAAUACAUCGCACACACUAAUGACAAAUAAUAAACGAGCUCGGCAAAUCCAAUUAAUGGGUCCCACACACGACUUGACUGGCUUCAACUCUAACGUGCUGAUUUAAUAGAGGGCUGAUCUUUUUUCUACAUUAACGUUAUAACGUUUUCUUUUUUUUUUGUUUAAAUUUUGUUUAGUUAACUCGAAAUUUUGUUUCUUUUUAAAAUUAAAAUUUUUAUUUAUAUGUAGAUUCAAAUUUAAGACUAGAAAAUAUAAUUAAAACAAAACAACAAAACGAACAUUGCCAUUUACAAUGAGAUAAAGAACAACCACAACACAAUUGUAUUGUUUGUAAACAAUUUUUGUUUCUUCGAAUUUAUAGUGUGUGAGCGCAUUAGCUUGAAAUUUUAGUUUUGAUUAUUGAGUGCUAUCGACACAAACAAGUUCUCUUCUUUUAUUAUAUUUUAUUAUAUUAUAUUAUAUUAUGUAUUUACUCCACUAUUUAUAUCUAUAAUCAAAAUAUUAAGAAACAAAAAAUGCUACAAAAACAUUACUCAAAAAUAAUAAUAGAUAUUUUUGUGAUUUUAUACACAAUUAUUAUUGUAUACUCAUGUAUAUGUAUAUAUAUGAACCAGAAAAAGAAAACAAAAUAUUACUCAACAAACAUACAUACUUACAUGGAAGAUAAAAGAAAUUCAUUAUACUUAUAACCAUUUAAUAAUUAAGAAAAUAUAGUUGGCAGAAUAAAUCCAUACAAAUAAAAUAGAUACCUACAAAAAUCUCCAAAACUUUAUAUAUAAAAAUAAGAAUUGUAUCAUCCUAUUGAAAAAAAAAUAAUUAAAAAAAAAAACAAAAACAAUAAUAAAGUAUAAAAUAUUUAGGUC